AUGGCAUCGUCUAAUACAUUGCCUGCCAGCAAUCGCCAGCACUACGAGACCAAGGCACCGGCCCAGCAUAAAGACGAACAAUGCCUUACCCACCUGCAAGCAACCGACCCCCGCCACGACAAGGACAAUAUCGAGUUAAGAAAGGGUGGUCUCCUCAGAGAGUCAUACUGCUGGGUUCUCAGUCAUGACAAUUUCCGCCGAUGGCGCGACAACCGAGAUGGCCAGUUGCUCUGGGUUAGAGGCGAUCCUGGCAAGGGCAAAACGAUGUUGCUCUGCGGAAUAAUUGAUGAGCUGGAGAAUGACACUGCGCGCACAGACAACAUCGCGUUUUUCUUCUGUCAGGCCACGGACGAUCGCCUCAGCAAUGCUACAGCGGUCCUCCGUGGGCUGAUCUACCUGCUUGUGACCAAGCAGCAGCCGGAACUUAUUUCACACGUUCGCGAAAGCUGCUAUGGUUUGGGGAAAGAGGGCUUCCAAGGCCCCACUUCAUGGGUGGUAUUGUCAAAGAUUUUUACCAACAUUCUCGAAGACCCGAAGUUACAGGGAACAUAUCUAAUCAUUGACGCGCUUGACGAGUGUACUGGAGACCGGGACCUGCUUCUCGACCUUAUCGCAGGCAAGUUAUCAGCAUACCCGAAAGUUAAGUGGCUCGUAUCCAGUCGCAACUGGCCGGACAUCGAGGAGAGUCUCAACACCGCAACACAGAAAAUAAACCUACGUCUUGAGCUGAAUGAAGAGUCUGUCUCCGCUGCUGUCACCACAUAUAUCCAGUCCGAAAUAGAUAAGCUUGCGAAGCGGAAAAAAUACAAUAACGAUACGCGGGACGCUGUCAAGCGCUAUUUGGAUACGAACGCACAUGGGACCUUCCUCUGGGUAGCGUUGGUCUGUCAAGAGCUCGCCAAGAUUUCGAGAUGGGAAGCUGUGGAGAUAUUAACAACAUUUCCGCCUGGGCUCGAUGCAAUCUAUGAACAGAUGAGGGACCAGAUCAACAAGUCGAGAAAUGCUAAACUUCUCCAAAGAAUACUGGCUGUCAUCUCGGUCGUAUACCGACCUAUCACAUUAAACGAACUACCAGCCCUCGUAGAUAUGCCAGACUGUUCCUCUGGAAAUGUCGAGGAUCUAACAGAGAUCGUAGAGCUUUGCGGCUCUUUCCUGACACUACGCCAACACACGAUAUCAUUCGUCCACCAAUCCGCUAAAGACUUCCUACUCAGCAACGGCACGCACCAAGAUUCACGAGACGUUGUUAGUUGGGUUUUCCCUCAAGGGAAGGACGAUGUACACAAUAGCGUCUUCUUAAGGUCGCUAAGUGCGAUGUCUACGAUAUUGCACCGCGACAUAUACGGUUUAAAGUUACCGGGAUUCCCAAUCAACGGGGUUCCAACGCCAUGUCCAGACCCGCUGGCCACAGUCCGGUAUUCGUGCGUCUUCUGGGUUGACCAUCUCCGCGAGUCGAUUUCUGAUAAAGACACGCCACAACGCAACACACUGGUUGCGGCCCAGACAUUCCUUGAACAGAAGUAUCUUUACUGGCUCGAAGCUCUCAGUUUACUCCGAGCUAUGUCGGAGGGUGUUAUUGCUAUAAGAAAACUUGAGGGCCUACUAGGGCGAAUUCAUCAAAGGCAGCUAACAACCUUUAUUCGGGAUGCGUACCGGUUCGCUCUCUCCUACAGAUGGAUAAUCGAGCAAGCCCCUCUUCAGGCGUACACAUCAGCCCUCGUAUUUGCACCGCUUGGCAGUCUAAUGAAGAAGAAAUUUAAGACGGAAGAACCUAGCUGGAUCAGUGCAAAGCCAGUAGUAGAAGCGGACUGGAAUGCGUGCCUCCAGACGCUCGAAGGCCAUAGCGGCUCGGUUAACUCGGUCGCCUUUUCGGCGGAUGGCCAGCGGCUCGCAUCCGGAUCACACGACCGUACCGUCAAGAUCUGGGAUCCCGCCUCGGGCCAAUGCCUCCAGACGCUCCACGGCCAUAGCGACGAGGUUAACUCGAUCGCCUUUUCGGCGGAUGAUCUAAGGGCGCAUGGGUAUAGGUUGGGGUCAGAUAAGACCUGGGUUAUUUGUAACGGCCAGAAUGUGCUAUGGUUACCACCUGAAUACCGCCCAACCUGCUCGGUAAUCCAAGGGCGGGUGGUAGCCAUUGGCUGUUCAUCAGGGCGAGUUUUUACUAUUGGCUUCUCGCGUGACAUAUAA